GUUAUCGGAAGCUGAUACUUCCCUUCUUCCAGCUUUGAGGGAUUGUCGUUUGCUUCAAGCAUCAACAGGGUUAAUGACUAUAAAGCUGUCAGUGAAGGUAAACGUAGUGUGACCAGUUUUUUUCACAAAUCAAGAUGUACUAUCCACAAACAAAAGGCCAACGGCCGGAUACUAUAGGCGAUGUGACAGCACUGCAUGAAGUGUUAGAGAGCACCACGCCAAUUGUUACUACUCAGAUUACCACCUCCAUGAAAUCUAUUACACUUGGUGAAAAUGGAUCUUCAGACGAAUCGAGUCAGACAAUAUUUAUAGUCUUGGGAUUGCUCUUGGGAAUUCUAGUGCUGGUAUGCUGUGUUCUUGCCUGCAUCCUUGCCAAACUUAGGAGGAAAGAUUUUUGCACGGUGCAAGGAAGAAAUCAGGAGACAUGCGACGACGAGUGCGCACGAGAAGAAAUGGAUCUCGGACAAUCACCAAAGAAUUCAGUAGCAUCAGUGAAACACAUGAAUUCUCGGUCUUCGGAUCAAUUGCUCAAGAACUAACCAAACGCAAUUGAUGCUUCACACUUUGAGGAUGAUUUAAUACGUUAGAGAUUACGAUUGAGCUAAGAGUUGGAAU